AUGGAAGAGGCAUCCCCUUUGUGGGGGUACCCAGGUAGGGGAGAGGAUCUCAGACUCGGAGCCCUUGGUGCCCCCCUCCCAGGGGCAGAGCAGCCUGCUGUGGGCACGAGAAGAACAGUCCAGCGGAGGGGGGCGCUGGCGGGCACGGGGAGACCUGGGAGGACCUGCGCGGAGGCCGCACAGCACUGGCCGUCACAGGUGACAGGCGACAGCCUCAGCGUGGGAACACUUAAUCGCUGCCCAAUUAUCGCCCCAGAAGCCCUCAGCACACCUCCGCACUGGAGCCUCGGGCUGCGUUCUUUUGCUGCCUCCGGAGAAGAGGGUGUGUGUGCUGCGUCCUCUCCCUGGAACAGGCAGCCUGUUCGUUCUGGGCCCCCACACAGCAGACCCUCUCCCCCCCCUCCUGCCGCCUGCCUCAGCGCCUCCCUCCCCGCGCGGGCUCCAAGGAAAGUUUUGUAUUUUUCCGAUGAGGGCGGCACAGCGGUGCCUGAGCCAGCUGCGCCUUGCACCCUGCCGGCACCUGCCCUAGGCCUGGAGGUCGAGCCCCAGGGACUGGAGACCAUCCUCACCAGCGCCCUGAGCCAGUACGGAAGGAAGAAACAGACCCGGAGAGAGCCAGGGACUUGUCCAAGCUCCGCAGCAAGGAGGCCAGACCAGGGCACUGCGGUGAGCCUGGGUGGGGAAAGGCCUGCAGGCUCCUGGAGGUCCCGUGAGCUCAGCCCGUGCCCUGUGCAACCGUGGAUGGCGGUCACCGAUGCCACUCUCCUUACUCCGCGGCAGAAGGAAGUCAGGCCCUCCCUGUGUGGGGCUGGGGCUGGGGCCAAACCACCAGGGGAGAGGAGAAGGAGCAGCAGGAGCAGCUUGGGGAGCCUCCGGCUGCCUGCCUGCCUCAGCUGGAAAUGAGCCCUUCAUGUUUGCCUAACCACCACAAGAUGAGAUGGGACCACAUUCCCUGAACUGAGUGGACACUGCCUUUUCCUACAUAAGAAUAAAAUGCCGUGACCGGAGCCCACAAGGACCUCAGUGUCAAGUUGAGAGCGAGCCUGGAGAGCCAGGAGAUGGUGUCUGGAGAGCCGUCCCAUAGGCCCGCAGGCUCAGGCUGCCUGUGGUGGGAGCAGUGUGGCUGUUCCCCAAUGCCACCCUCGGUAAGGAGGCAGUCCCAUAAAACCCACUGCCACCGGGGAGGGGCCCAGGGCCAUGCCAUAGCCUCCCUGGAGGACAAACUGAAGAGAGUGAAAAUAACUUCCUCUGCCAGCCCACAUCUGGGGCAGGAGGUUGGGGGGCAAGGCAAGGCUUAAAUCUGUAGACAGUCUUCUGAGCCAAUCCUGGAAAAACUUCUCAAUCCAUUCAGCUCAGAGCCUGAUGUCACCAUUAUCAUCCUUGUCACCACCCUUGGCAUUCACCUGGCCAACGUCAUCACCUCCACCAGCACCA